AUGGGCCAUCCACCAGAAGCACAUGGGAAACCUAACAUGCCCACGGAGGAUGGAAGAGAGGCGAGUCAACUUACAGACAACGCUCGAGAUAUGAUUACUCUUCACGGGGAUCAGCCAACUUCUUCGGAUAGUCGAUACCAGCCACAAGAAUCUGGUCUUGCACAAAGUCAUGAACAACCAAGGGUCCCUCGGAGAUUCCUACCCCAGCCGAUCGAGAUCGUAUCACGAAGCUCCAACGUCCAGCAGCCAGCUUUGAGUGGAGCAAAUCAACCCGCUCCAUCAAAGCCAGAAACACAUUCAAACGACCCUAGUGAACAUCAACCGACCAGAAGGUUUUUACCCGAACCAAUUGAAACAAGCAAGACUAGUAAGAGACGGUCUUAUUCGACUUCUGAGGUAGAUGAGAGGAACUCUACGUCGUCUGAGCAGACAUCAACGGCUCCAAGAAGAUUCAAACCCGAAUUGAUACAAACUGAGACCCGCUCCGUUCGAAAGGGCGAACCUGUCCCGUUUCCCAAACGGCAUAACGCCGUAGGAUCUCCAGCACCCCAUACAAUCAUUUCCCCAGACACAACAACAUGGUCAGAUAUAAAUACCCAUGUCCUCACUUAUCUGCCAUCCGAAUCUCAGUUUUCUUCUUCCAAUCUUCUGCGCCGACAUCAAGCUCGCAGACACUCGUUUCGAGUUCCGGAUCUUCCAUCGAUCCCCUCUGACAGCAGCGAAGAUUCGGACAACUCCAGAUCGCAUUCAACGUGCACUUCCCCGCCCGGGCCUUUCCAUAAAGUUACACGAGAUUUAUGCACAAGCAAGCCACUCCGUGCAACUCCCAAUGGGGAGGUUUCGGAAUUCUUGCUCUCUCUUGCCGCUCAAUCCGCACAUAUCCAGUUGAAGGAGCAAGCGUUGGCUGCCUUUCCCAACGAGCAAGUCUACGUGCCUGUUGAUCAUUUCGCCAUCGAGGAAGAUAGUGGAGAUUCCGGCGAUUGUCAUAUGCCUAAUUAUGAUCAUGUCAAGUCUCGACGACAAUCUUCGGCGGAUUUGUCUUGGGAACUGGACUACAUGCGCCACCACAAGGAGGAGGCUGAAAUGAGGAUCCGGGCUAUGGCUGCAUCUGGAAAACGAAAAUCUUCAUCACAACUCAAUGAGAAUGGCAAGAGCCCGCCCAUGCUUGGCAAGGACAUCGUCCUUCCUCGAUGCGCCUCACCCGAGGGAACGAUAUGUGACCACUUUAGCCUCGAUGCGAUUUCUCGUGUACAUGAUCUUUGUGCUGGCUGUGGUGACUUAUGGUACGCAUCGCCUCCUCGGGACGGCGGAAAGGGUUCUGGUCUUUGGAUGGGUACUUGUUGCAAAGACGAGGGCCAAGAGCGGGAGGGGCACGGUCUAUUCCCCGGAAUUGUGACCCCCAUGCCUCGUAUCGAUGAGUCUGGCAUUAGCAUGGGGCUCAGCCCAUCUCCUUCACAUACACAUCUGAAUCAUCUCGCAACCUCGCCCAGAAAUCAGAGUCCCUGGAAGCCCACGAGUCCUAAUCUCCAGAAAGUCAUCGAGUCCGAAUUUCAUGAUGGAUUUGUGACUCAAAUUUAUAAUUACUUGUCUCUGGGUUACCCUUGUCUUGCGCGUUAUUAUGAUUACGAACUCAGCAAAAUCUCGGGUAUUCCCGUCGAGGCUCUUCGUCGGGACGACUUGAAAACUGAUGUUAAAGGCUAUGUUGCAGCCCCAGACAAGGAUGAUCUUGCGAAUGCCUGUGCACGAUGGAAAGCGCUCCGUCUAUACAUCCGGGAAUGGGCGAGGCAGGAGCCUGGUAUGACUGGAGAAGAUCCCAAUCCUGAAGGCUGGGGAAUGCCAGAACGAAAAGGCAGCUGGGCUAUUUGA